CGAAACUGUAUAAUUUUGGUUGCAAGGGAAAUAACAUGUGAACAACUUGACGAAGACACCUGCACCUACCCGGUAUCAUCGGCCGGCAAACGCUGCGUGCUAGAGAAGCACGUCAAGAGGAGCGGCGAGGAUGAAUUCACAUGCCGGACAUCGGAGAUCGAAGACGAUAAGAUCAACAACUGGAUUGAGAUCGACAAGUGUGUCAAAGCAUGCAGGCUUGGCAGAAAAUCCUUCGGCAUCUUAUCCGAUUCCCUCCUUAAGUCUCGCUUCACCGAAAUGCUUUGCUCCCCUCAGUGCUACAAUAGCUGCCCCAACGUCGCCGACCUUUACUUCAACCUCGCCGCGGGAGAAAGUGUUUUCCUUCCGAAAUUGUGUGAGGCACAAGGAGCAAAUACACAAAGAGGACUGGCUGAGAUCCGAAGCUCUGGUAUUGUUGCACCAGGACCCGCCAGUGGUGUGAAGUUCUUGGGCGUUGCCCCAGCAAUGCCGCCACUCUAAAUUUUGGUUGACUGGUGAGUUUACAAUAAUAAAGAAAGUUCCAUUGGGUAGGGGCUAGGUUCUAGAAACCGGGCUCAAGUGCAUGAACCAUCUUAUUAAAAUUUUGGAAUGAGCCAUGACCCAUGAGCUUGGACCUCGGUUUUGGUGUGUGCAAUCUAUAUAUGAUAAACUGCAACUUUUGCUAGAGAUAUGUAUGGUAUGAAGAUGUGUGGUUUACCAUACCCCACUUAUUUAUAUGCUUAAUGGGUAUGAAAAAUGAAACAAUGUGAAAUACAAAUAUUGACAGUUUCAACU